CACCAAAACUUCAGGAGAAAUGUUUGGAAUUCCGUUUCCGCUUUAGGGAGUGGACUGUGAUUUUCCUUUCUUUUUUUUACUUGACUUUUUCGGUGGACACUUUCUAGUGGAUUAACCGGAUUAUAUCUCGACCCCGUGGAUCAUGGCCUCCUCGCCGCAGAAGUCUCCGUCUUCCCCGAAGUCCCCGACGCCCAAAUCCCCGUCAUCCAGGAAGAAGGACGACUCUUUCCUGGGAAAACUUGGCGGAACUUUGGCGAGAAGGAAAAAGGCGAAAGAAGUGUCCGAGCUUCAGGAGGAAGGAAUUAACGCCAUCAACCUUCCUCUCAGCCCCUCCCACUAUGAGCUGGACCCCGAGGACACGCUGCUGGAGGAGAAUGAAGUGCGGACUAUGGUGGACCCCAACUCCAAGAGCGACCGCAAACUACAGGAGCUCAUGAAGGUGCUGAUCGACUGGAUCAAUGACGUCCUGGUGGGAGAGAGGAUCAUCGUGAAGGAUCUGGCUGAAGAUAUGUACGACGGUCAGGUUCUGCAGAAGCUCUUUGAAAAGCUGGAAGGUGAGAAACUGAACGUGGCCGAGGUGACGCAGUCGGAGAUCGCCCAGAAACAGAAGCUGCAGACGGUAUUGGAGAGGAUCAACGACUCGCUCAAACUCUCCACCAGGAACAUCCGCUGGAACGUGGACUCUGUUCAUGCCAAGAGUAUUGUUGCCAUCCUGCACCUGCUGGUGGCGCUGUCCCAGCACUUCAGAGCACCAAUCAGAUUGCCCGACCACGUCUCUAUUCAAGUUGUGGUUGUUCAGAAACGAGAGGGCAUCCUUCAGUCCAGACAGAUUCAAGAGGAAAUCACUGGUAACACAGAGGCGUUCUCUGGGAGACACGAGCGCGACGCCUUCGACACGCUGUUUGACCACGCUCCGGAUAAACUCAACGUCGUCAAAAAGACUUUGAUCACAUUUGUGAACAAACACCUGAACAAGCUGAAUCUGGAGGUGACGGAAUUGGACACACAGUUUGCAGAUGGUGUUUACCUGGUGUUGCUGAUGGGGCUGCUGGAAGGAUACUUUGUGCCUCUCUACAACUUCUUCCUCACACCGGAGAAUUUUGACCAGAAGGUCCAUAACGUGUCCUUCUCCUUUGAGCUGAUGCAGGAUGGAGGUCUGGAGAGACCAAAGCCCCGACCAGAAGACAUCGUGAACUGUGACCUCAAGUCCACCCUGCGCGUCCUCUACAACCUCUUCACCAGGUACAGGAACGUCGACUGAGCGUCACGCGUUAGCAGGAGGAACCACUUGCUUAAGACAAACUUAAUACUUACAUGUUUUGUUUUUGUUUUUUUAUCUGAGCGCAUGCGUCACAAUAUUCCACGAUAUUUUUAGCUCUUAUUCGUAAACUGGGCAUUUUGCUACGCAGUUUUGCAGGAGUCUAAACAAAAUGGCUGAAAUUAUUGUUAAAUCAAGUGUUAAUAUUAUUAUUAUUAUUAUUGUUAUUCCUAAUUUUACAUCCCUCGAGAGGUAUUAGAUGAUCAAUACUUUGAUUGUUUACCUGUAUUUAUUGUUCAUUUUGACACCGCUCCCUGUUCUUGUACCUUUAUUUAAAGCGAUCAGUUCCACGAUACAUGAACAUUUGUGUUUGUGCACUCGUCGCUCCUCUUAAAGCUAAUUUUUUUCCUUUUGAAUUUUUCUCAUCAAACACAAAAUAUUAUUGAUGUUAACGUUAACGUUAAAUUCUUUCUUUUUAUCACGAUUUAACCCCAAAUAUGGUCACGGCAUCAUGUCAUAGCUCGAUCCAUUUUGACCGAUGACAUCACAUGAAGCUGUCAAUCAUGACGUCGUUUCACGUGGGACGAUGUGGAACUUUUUACUGCCAAACCCUAACCCAAAAAAAACGAACCCAACUUUGAUUCACGAUAUAGAACUGCGACAAUUGUAAAAUUCUUCUUUGAAUUCGUAAAAUAGCUCCAAAACUCCUUGUAUUGCAAAUGGGAUACAUACUGUACUUUAAGUGAAUAUUGAAGUGGAAAAAAAACAAUAACGUUUUUAAAUUCUGACGUCACAGAAACAAACGUGAAAUAUUCAAUAUUAUUGAUUUCCUGUAUUUUUUCUUGUCGUCACAUUAACGUUAAAUUCACCACGAUCCGUUUAUUUCAAGUUCUUUUGAUCGCGAUGUAGCAAAAACAUGAAAUGCUAAUAUAAACUGACAGAGACUAUUCCUGAAAUACUUCAUUUUUGGCUUUGACAUGGAGAACGCAGGGUUUUUAGCCACUAGAGGGCGAUCCGGGUGUUUAGAUUUGACUUUAUUCUUCGUCCGUGUUUUUUAUGUGCAUUCUACGAUUUUGACCAAAGCAUAUUAUUUAAUAUUCACGCUGUAAAAUAAACUUUUCCACAUUUCUAUCAUUUUAACUUUUGUGAUAUUUUAAAACUGCGAUUCAUCGGCGUCGUAUAAUCACUCCCUGUUUCUGCUUUAACACAUUUUAUACUGAAUUAUACUGAAUUUACUGAAUAAUUUGAACGCUUCAGGCAGCAAACGUGUUCACGGGGAACGUGUUUAGGUGAAUAAACGUGUUUCUCUACUGAUGUUUUACUGCAGUACUUUCAAUAAAAGCUCACUUCCUGAA